CGUGGCGGAGGUGCGGGACUGCGGGCGGCCGGGCCCGGGGGAGGCCGGGGCGGAGCGCGGCCCUCGCCCCGCCCGGCCCCCGCCACCUCCUCCUGGCUCCGCGCUCCUCCGCCAUGGCCUUCGCCACCCGUCGCUUCGUGCGCGCCGCCUCCUCCGCCGCCGCCGCGGUGGCCGCCAAGAAGCUGAUCGUCAAGCAUGUGACGGUCAUCGGCGGCGGCCUGAUGGGCGCCGGCAUCGCCCAGGUUGCAGCAGCUAGUGGUCACACCGUGGUGUUAGUAGACCAGUCAGAUGAAAUCCUUAAAAAGUCUACAAAAGGAAUCGAAGAGAGUUUGAAGAGAGUGACAAAGAAGAAGUUUGCAGAUAAGCCUGAGGCCGGUGCUGAGUUCAUUGAGAAGACCUUAAAGAACCUCACAACAAGCACAGAUGCAGUAGCAGUGGUCCACAGCACGGAUCUGGUGAUAGAAGCCAUUGUGGAGAACCAGGAAAUUAAAAAUGAACUCUUCAAGAGGCUGGAUAAGUUUGCUCCAGAGCAUACGAUAUUUGCAAGCAACACUUCAUCCCUGCAAAUCACCCAGUUGGCUAACUCAACCACCAGGCAGGACCGAUUUGGGGGUCUCCAUUUCUUCAAUCCUGUGCCUAUGAUGAAGCUGGUGGAGGUCAUCAAGACUCCAAUGACCAGCCAAAAGACCUUUGAAUCGCUUGUGGAUUUCAGUAAAGCAGUAGGCAAGAGUCCUGUCAGUUGUAAGGAUACUCCAGGGUUUAUUGUAAACCGUCUCUUGGUGCCAUAUAUGAUGGAAGCUGUUCGGCUUUUUGAGAGAGGAGAUGCAUCAAAGGAAGAUAUUGAUGUUGCUAUGAAGCUUGGGGCUGGCUAUCCCAUGGGUCCAUUUGAACUGCUGGACUAUGUUGGGUUGGAUACCAGUAAAUACAUUAUAGAUGGAUGGCAUUCGUUAGAACCCAACAAUCCUCUUUUUUCACCCAGCCCACUCCUGAAUAAACUGGUAGAAGAAAAGAAGCUGGGUAAGAAGACCGGAGAAGGAUUUUACAAAUACAAAUGAACUCUAAACUUCAAGAGGUGUUAAACUAUCCAUGUAUGCUAUUCAGCAUUGCCAUUUUACAGGUGAAUUCUGUUUAAACCUUCCCAAAGAUGGCAGAAGCUGCAUUUAGAACAUAACCCACCUCUGAACUGAGUGAUUGCACUUGUUAACUGUUUCUCUGGUGAAAGCUUGAUUUGGUAGAUCAUUAUUUUCUUGUAAUUCUGAAGAGCUUUAUAUGUACAGUGCCUUCAUGCAAAUGUUGCUUUUUCAGGUGCAGGACAGAAUGGCAAGUGAAUUUAUGUAUUUGAAACAUUGUUGUAUUAAUGGGAAAAAUCCUAAAAAUUACCACACUUUCUUAAAAAUAAAAUUUUCAACAAUUCUG